GAGGCGGCACGGCGCGAGGUAGCCUCGAUGCCGCUCCGUGCUCCGAAUUUUUUAAACAGUUUGUGCGGACGUAAAAUUAUUUUGCAUGUCAAGAUGGGAUCCGUUACUAAGCGAGUGUUAUAUUUGAUAAGCGCUUGAUAUACACUAGCAGCGAACUUUAACUGCAAUAUUACGAUCGCAAGUGGAUUUGUGAUGGAUUCGAUGUACAAAGUUUAUUUUCGUCGCUUUAUAACCGCAUCAGUAUAUUUACGCACAUUUCCCCAUAUUUUAGCCAAUUCCAAACACGCCUUUCCACACUUUUAGGAGUUACCCGUUGGUCCAAACUUAGUGACUUAUCAUCCAGUAUAUCAGAACUAUAUCAAAGAAACCUGUAUUCAUAUCUCUUUAACUUUAAGAUGUAAAUAAGUAUAAAUAUUUGUCUGGUGCGUGGACCAAACUUGUGGAUUAAAAGAAUUAAUUUAGGUGUAAAUAAGUGUACUGUGUAUGUAAUAAAUAUAGUUUUUAAUAAGUAUUGGUUUCGGCUGGUGCCAGCGCAUCAAAUAUUUACUGCUAUCGAUUCUUCAUAAACGCAAGAAAAAGGAAUUUCUUGGCAACUUAAAGCUAUAUUACGAGCAAAAUGUCAGCUCCCACAACGGAUAGCACUGAAGCCAUCACCAACUCAGGAUACGGGAGUAGUGACGAGACUGCUAGUCUAUUAGUCUCCGGGCCUUCAGUCACUGUCAUCGUUCCAUCAGUCGCUUCCGAAAACAGAACCGUCAAACCUGUUUUACAAAGACAAGAUUGCACGACACAUUUGCGUCCGCAAUUGUCCGGUGGACCGGGAAGUGAGGAAAGUACAACCUCCGUCAGAUUGGAAGACGGAACGGCAAGAAGCGUCCCGGAUAUAGAACUACAAUGUCGAGAGCUACCCACAGACCGCCCUCAGACGCUCGUGUCUCCUGUCGCUACCUGCUCCCACCGAGGGUCAGUGACCGCCUGCCAACUAGUACCGCAGACGUACUCUAGAUGUCGCGUUUGCGAGCGGCGACAGUCCACAGCACCCAUGUCUGCGUUGCAACUAGCGCGAUCUGUGUCGCGAGAAAGCGUACGUUCCGCUAUUCACUACCCGUGUGGUUGCAGUUCGCUCCACGCAGUUAGUACUUGUCCUGUUAUACAACCUCCAGCCUUAUUGCUGCCAGCAACAAGUACCAGAAUCAUCCGACAGAGCUCGCAGCCGGAGUCUAGCGCAUGCGCGGCUCACUGUCCUCAUCAUGGCCACCACCAUCCUAGCGCCUCCCUGCGGCAACUCCGAGAACCAGGGGACGGAAUAGCAGGCAUCGCAGCUGAUUCUCUGCGAAUCAACGGCGGCAUGCGGCCCUUCAAACAGGGACUCCUUCUCUGCCCUCAAACCUUGUCGCAGACUCGUCGCGCCCGGCUGAGACGAGCAUUCACUGAAGCCACCGGAGACACAGUUACCUACGUUAAGACGGCCUGUGCUACUCGGGAUCAGAUGUCACAGCUACGCAAGCCGGUGUCGACGCUCUCGAUCCCUGGCGCUAUGAAGGCGUACUCAGGAGGGGGGAGGGACGCGGCGGGCGAGGAAGCUGGCGUGGCGUUGGUCGGUGUGCACAGCGAGUAUCCACGCUUCGGCGAAGAGCGGGCGCUCGGCGGCGGCACGUACAAGGGCGGGGGGACAGCGAAGCACAAACCCAAUAUAGGAUAUAGAUUAGGUAGAAGAAAGGCGUUAUUUGAAAAAAGAAAAAGAAUAAGUGAUUACGCUUUAGUAAUGGGAAUGUUUGGUAUUAUAAUAAUGGUUAUAGAGAAUGAACUAUCAAGUGCCGGUGUGUAUACUAAGGCAUCAAUAUAUUCCCAGGCGUUGAAGACGCUUAUAUCAAUGUCAACUGUGAUUUUACUUGGCCUAAUCGUCGCGUACCACGCAUUAGAAGUACAGUUAUUUAUGAUAGACAACUGCGCUGACGACUGGCGGAUAGCUAUGACGUGGCAGCGGAUAGCCCAAAUAGCUCUAGAACUGGCUAUAUGCGCCGUCCACCCCAUUCCGGGACAGUACACCUUCACUUGGACUACUAAACUAGCCAACAAAGGGGGAGUCAUAGGAGUGGAAGUUGGCACAAUGUAUAAGCAAAUUCAGGUCCCGUAUGACGUCACACUAUCUCUGCCAAUGUUCUUUCGGCUCUAUCUCAUAUGCAGGGUUAUGUUACUUCACAGUAAAUUAUUUACUGACGCUUCCUCCAGAAGUAUAGGAGCUUUAAACAGAAUUAAUUUUAAUACUAGGUUUGUUCUGAAAACCCUCAUGACAAUUUGUCCCGGCACCGUGCUACUAGUUUUUAUGGUAUCAUUAUGGAUUAUAGCGAGUUGGACUCUCAGACAGUGCGAAAGGUUUCACGACGAAGAACACGCUAACCUACUGAAUGCAAUGUGGCUUAUUGCGAUUACGUUUCUCUCCGUCGGUUUUGGUGACAUUGUGCCAAACACAUAUUGCGGCAGAGGUAUUGCUGUAAGCACCGGUAUUAUGGGGGCAGGCUGUACUGCACUGUUAGUGACGGUCGCCUCAAGAAAGUUAGAGUUGACUCGCGCUGAGAAACAUGUGCACAACUUCAUGAUGGAAACUCAACUCACAAAAAAGCUGAAAAACGCCGCAGCCAAUGUACUUCGGGAGACAUGGUUAAUAUACAAACACACAAGACUUGUGAAAAGGGUGCACCCUGGAAGGGUCAGGACACAUCAGAGAAAGUUUCUAUUAGCAAUUUAUGCAUUACGAAAAGUAAAAAUGGAUCAAAGGAAAUUAAUGGACAACGCCAACACGAUAACAGACAUGGCAAAGGACCCCUUUUUAUUUCAGACUCAGAAUACGGUCUACGAAAUUGUGUCAGAUAUGAGCACGAGGCAAGAUACAAUCGAAGAGAGGCUGACUAGUUUAGAAGAAAAACUUACAACGUUGCAAGAACAAGUAAACACGUUACCAGACGUGGUGGCCCGGUGUCUGCAGCAAUGCUGGGAGCGAGCGGAGCAGCGAAGAAACUUCCUCCAUCCUGACACAGCCGCCGCGCCUACUCCACCGUCAUCUACCAUCGCUCCUUAUGCUAGAACUAUAGCGUCAGCAUCUCACCCGUGGCCACCGAGCCCCGUGCUCCAAUCAGCUGCGCGGACGCACUCGGCUCCAGAGAGCACGAGCGCUCCGUCCCCGACUCCUGCGCACCCGACCAGCCCCGCGCCGCACGCGCGCCCCCCUCUCCCCAGCUGAGUACCGCCCUCCAACUCCGAACUCCUCUGCUGAACUCGACGAAACUCGGCCCCCCUCCUAUAUCGAGACUACGCCUCAAGGCUGUCGGGAAAAUUGUUUUAUUUAGUCCAAACACUCGAUUUACAAAACAAAAGCGCUAGGUAUUAAGUUUAACGAAUUUACAUUAGUUGACUGACAUCAAAAGUGUUCAAUAAAUAAACCUACAAAGCCUUUUAAUAAUAACAAGUCUUUAACAGUGAAAUGUCACUUAUUACAUUGAUGAUGUUAAUAAAAUAAUUUUCUGAGAAACAAUAAGAAUGAACUGCACUUACCAAACCCAUCUUUGUAGUCAUUGUAAUGUACUUGAAAUAAACAGAUAAUUCUUUACUUUUUUUUUUCAUGAUGUGAAAAUGACUGCCGGUCUCUGGUCUCCAUAGGCAAUGAAACUAAACAAUGUUUUAAUUUUGAAUGCCUUAUGAACGCGUUUUAAUAACGACUUAAAUUUGAGUGAUUUUGAUGUCUUCGUGUAAAGUUGCCAAUGUCUUUUUAUUGACAAUUGGAUAUGAAGAGACAGUGAAACGAUUUUUCCGACAACCCGAUGGAUCACGCCGCGGUGCGAGCAGGAUAGCCGUAGUUUUCAUCGCUGUUCCUCAAAGUUUCGGAAGUGCCAGACUGUUCUUUAGUGUUAUUGUUUAGAUAGUGAAUGAAAUGCGGCCGGAGGGACAUGCUGUUGUGAUUAUACAAAAUGCUUUAUCAAUAGACGCUUUAGGUAAUAAAUUAGAAGAUAUUUUGAUUACAUUAUCAGCAUUAGAAUAGUUAGGUGGACAUUACACGUCCGUUCACGUUUUAUCUACAAUUCAAGGAACCAAAUUAAGUACACUGUUUUAUAAUAACUUCGUGUGUAUUUACUAAAGUUAACUGUAUUCUGAUGAAUUGAGAAAUCUUUUUAAGCAACGAAAUCGAGAUUAGUUUUCAGAGAUUUCUUAAUAUAGACCUUAGAGCAGAACAUAGCAGUAUAGGCCAAUAUAUUAGUUUUUACUUAGUAAAUUGUAUUUACUGAACCGAAAUAGAUAAAAUAUGUUGACAAAAUACGCAUGUCUAAUGUAAAUUGUACACGAAAUUAGAAUCCAGCUUGGAUGAAAGAAUAUAAUGGUUUUUGUUCCUUGUCUAAAAUUAGUAUAAAAUUUAUUAAUUAUAACAAGUGAAAGUUUUUUUUUUUGCUCUGCAAAAGAUUUAAUGUGGUCAAUUGAUUUCAUUGCGUAAUAAAAAAAAAGAAUUUCUAGAUUAACUUUUCGCCUAUAAAAUUUGAAUCAUCCCAUAAAAUGUAUGAAUCUGUAUACACACUUUAUCUAGAUAUAGUUGAUAAUAAAAUUGUUACUACCUGCCUAUUGACAAGUAGAUUGUAACUUUUUUAAAGAUUAGUUAGUAAGUAAAGCUUUGUAUAAGUAAUAAGAUUGAUGGCUGUCUACAUAGUGCCUAAAACACUACGAAAUUUCGAUAACUCAGUUUUAUCCUUAUAAAGUGUAAAUAGGUAAGUGAAAUUGAGAGCAUAAUAUACUUAUAGCAAAUAUCUCGGUAGAUGUACAAGAAUGUAAGAUGGGAUCAAUUUCUUUGCACAUUUUAGUUGUAUUAAUGUAUUUUUAUUGUGGUGCGUUAGUUUUGUUUUUUUUUUUACUUCAAUCUAUCGUUAAGUUCUUCUGAUGUUUGUUGGAGUUACUACUAACACUAAUAGAAAUAGCUUUCACGUAUUAUAUAUAUAUAUGACAUUGUCUAGUUUGAUAACUAGUCGAAAAACACAAAUAGAGAUGUGACAAAUAUAUGUAACUUUUUAAUUUUAAUUUUGUGUUAAGAUCCUGGUAUCAAAUGAGAUAAAAGUAAAUAAAUUGUAACGGGACAUCAUAUCUUAUAAAAAUAACAUAUUAUUACUGCAUUUGUAUAACGUUUAAUCGGUGUUAUCAUAAUUCAUUCAACCACAUAAUUUUGUAUCUAGGUCACAACCAUAUUUUUUUAAAUGAGUUAUUAAAAUAUAGUAUAUAAUUUGUAUUUCCAUACUAAUGUUAUAUAUUCUAAAGUCUAUCUAUCUGUCAUAAUAUCACGGCUUUUAUGGCCCAACCAUUAGGUCGAUUUUAGUGAAAUUAUGAAUAGAGUUUUAUGAUAAGAGAUCAAACAUAGGCCACCGCGGGCAAAGCAGCGAGUAACAGCUAUUUAUAUACAUAUGUUUCGAAUAUAUAGUUUGGGGACCUGAAUACCAAAUUAUGUUGUUGAGUGUACGUAAUAAAAUUGAUAUCGGGAUUUCUACCCCUCUCACUGUUAUUUUAAUUUCCAAUAAUAAUUUAUUGAAUAAUAAUAUAUAGAAUAAAGUGUCUAAUCCUAUUAAGUCGUUCGUAUUCAAAACACCAACUAGUAUAUAAUGAACGUACGUUUUAUAGUGUAUUAUUAAAUUUCUUGCAUUAUAAAAUUAUACCUUACCCCUUUAACUAAAACUUUUUGCUAAUAUUUCAUAACAGUGUUUGAAUACCUACUUUUUAAUCCCUAGUAUUACUACCUCGACAUUUUUACAAGUUAUAGAUACAUUUUUAUCAAAUUGUAUAGUUAUUACUGCCGUCAUAAUAUUGAAUUUAGUAAAAAAUGGUAUUUGAAUAUUAAUGGUUUAAAUUUUUCAACAAAACAAAUUAAUUGUUAUGUUUUGAUUUAUAACAAACGAAUUUUUAUUUAUUUCCAUCACGAUAUUUUACAUUCAAAUAAUUGAAUUAGAGAAUGCACUUAAUUUUCCUGUAGGUAACUCCCAACGCACAAUGGAUUAAAUAGUGAUUUGUCCUCGAAAUAUUUUAAUAAUCUUGAAAUAAAGUAGCCUAAUGAAUUGUCCCCAAAAUUAAAUCUAGUCACUAAGGUAAUUGCUUUAUAGUUUGUUAUUUAUCUAUAUUUACUAUUAGCAAACAUAUUUUGAUGAUUUGUCUCCUUCAAUCCAGUCUCGUACCAAUGUCAAACAUUUGUUACGAUAGGAGAAAUCAUAAAAAUAUAUUUGCAAAUUCGAUUAACUAUUUUUAGCGAAAUUUCAAAAUUAAUCUAUUUAUUUGUAUUAAGAAUUGACCAAAUGUUGUUUAAGAUUGAUAAAAAAGUAGAAUUUGUAAAUAAUAGACACAAAUCACUAAGACAUUAUGUACUUUAAAAUAAUUGUGUAAAUACCAGUUGUAUUUGCGAAUUUUAAUGUAAAUAAGUAAUUUAAAGAAUAACGGUUCCAGUAAAUUAUUUUUAAAUAUGCAUUAAUUGCAUAGGUCGACAAACUAGUAAGAAGUGAUAAUAUAUAUCGCUUUUUAUAGGUACUUUUGAAAAAAUUAAGUUCAAAAAGGCACAGUAAUUCCUGGGUUGACAAGGGUUCAUAUCUUUCAUAGUUUAUUUUUUUAUUUCAUAUUUAAUUUAUUUGCAUUUCGAAUUUAUUUGAAUUUAGAAUACUUCCGAUUUAAUAUUUUACAUUGAUCGUAAUAAUAUUGACAUGUAUCAAUUUGUUGAAAAAUCUAUGAAAUUUAACCUACUAUUUCAAUAUUUGUUACCAAUAAAUACCAACGACAGUAAUUUAUAAACAUCCAAGUCUUUCAUGAACUAAUAUGGAAUUAAUCAACGAUUUGUCGGUUAUAUGUUCAGAUGAGAAAUUGGUAUGCGCCGGGUAAAACGCAAAUAAAAGCAUGAAUCAUGAACGUUUUCGCCUGGGUGUACCUUUUUCUAGUUAUAAUAAACUAGUUAUUCGACCUAUGUAAUGUAGUUUUUUGAGUUGAAUGCCAAUGGAUUGUUCUAUGCGGUGCGUAAAAGAAGAGAGGAAACUUUUGUGAUCAUUGUUGAAAUGAAAGUGUAACUUGGAUUAUAUGAGCUGUAGUAUUUUUUAA